CUGGACUAAGUUGGACGUGCGCUGCCUUCGCCAGGUCCGAGCCCCCCUCAGCAGAACUGUUGCAAUGGAGAGGAUGAGGAAAACACAGUGCAUCUUCCUGCUGUGUCCUCUGAUCAUGACCGCCGUGUGCGCGCAGAGCAACAGAGACCCCAGCAACAUGCCAGUGGUCAAAGACACGGUGGACAGACUCAUGAAGGGAUACGACAUCCGACUCAGGCCGGAUUUUGGAGGGGCUCCGGUGGCGGUGGGGAUGAACAUAGACAUUGCCAGCAUAGACAUGGUGUCCGAAGUGAACAUGGACUACACUCUGACCAUGUACUUCCAGCAAGCAUGGCGAGACAAGCGCCUCUCCUAUUCUGAGAUUCCUCUAAACCUGACGCUGGACAACCGUGUAGCUGACCAGCUGUGGGUGCCCGACACUUACUUCCUCAACGACAAAAAGUCUUUCGUCCACGGCGUCACUGUCAAGAACCGGAUGAUCCGUCUGCAUCCUGACGGCACGGUGCUGUACGGACUGAGGAUCACCACCACAGCGGCCUGCAUGAUGGACCUGAGACGCUACCCACUGGACGAGCAGAACUGCACGCUGGAGAUUGAGAGCUAUGGCUACACCACAGACGACAUUGAGUUCUACUGGAGAGGAGGAGACGGGGCUGUGUCUGGAGUGGAGCGCAUCGAGCUGCCUCAGUUUUCAAUCGUGGACUACAAACUCAUCUCCAAGAACGUGGUCUUCUCCACAGGUUCAUACCCACGUUUGUCCCUGAGCUUUAAACUGAAGAGGAACAUCGGCUACUUCAUCUUGCAAACCUACAUGCCUUCCAUCCUGAUCACCAUCCUGUCCUGGGUCUCCUUCUGGAUCAACUAUGACGCCUCUGCUGCCCGUGUGGCUUUAGGUAUCACCACUGUGCUGACCAUGACCACCAUUAACACCCACUUGCGGGAGACCCUUCCCAAGAUCCCCUACGUGAAGGCCAUAGAUAUGUACCUGAUGGGCUGCUUCGUCUUCGUCUUCCUGGCCCUGCUCGAGUACGCCUUCGUCAACUACAUCUUCUUCGGCCGGGGCCCUCAGAGACAGAAGAAAGCGGCGGAGAAGGCGGCUACCGCCAACAACGAAAAACUCCGGCCCGACCCCAACAAGUGGAUGGUGGGAAAUGUAGUUCAGAGAGACGAUGCUCUGUAUGCCAGAAUGAAACAGAGGGAAAUUGACGUGUAUGACUCGAUGUGGGAUCCAAUCUUUGCGGAGGAUGCUGCAUUAGGACUAGGCGAGCAGAGACUUAAGAUGAACCCAGAUGACAUCCGGCUGACCACUGUGGAGAUGAAGAAUGAGAUGGGCCCAGGAGAUCUGUCCCGUGGGCUGGGGGACCCUCGCAGCAGCAGCAUGCUGGCCUACGACAGCUCCACGCUGCAGUACAGGCGGGCCGCCCUGGCGCGCCACAACUACGGCCACAGCGCCCUGGAGCGUCACGCCACGCAGAAGAAGAGCCGCCUGCGGAGACGGGCCUCGCAGCUCAAGGUCAACAUCCCUGACCUGUCUGAUGUCAACUCCAUCGACAAGUGGUCCAGGAUGAUCUUCCCCACCCUCUUCUCCUUCUUCAACGUGGUCUACUGGCUCUACUACGUUCAUUAAGAAGGGCCGGAGAGGAAGGAGAGUGGACCGAAACAUGUUUAAAAGAAAAAAAAAUAGAGAGAAUUUAAAAAAAAAACAAAGCAAAACAAAACUGCGCCCCUUUUUCUCUGAUUUCUUUCUUGCUGUUAUGGAGGAGACUUGGAACGUAUGGGGACGAAAAAAACAUCAGGAUUGACUUUUUUUUUUUGUUGUUGUUCUGAGAGCACCAUAAUAAAGACUGACAAACACACCAACAAAGACUGAAAAACUGGGGCCUGUGGCGGAGUUUCAGUAUAUCACGUAUAUUUGUCAUUCGUAGCUUACUCGCUUACUCUGUGGAUCAAAUAUUUAUGCUUGUGUUUGCAUAUCUUUUAAGGAUUCGUUUUUUUGGUUAGUAUAUCUAUUUACUUCGUAGCCAAUGCUAACUGCAUCCUGGAAAGCUUUAUAGAUGAUUUUUUGAAGGAGUCAUCCUUGAAAGCCUAUUUUCCUAUAGUUAAAACUGCUGUCUUUCAGACAUCUUUUUAAAAAAAAAAAAAAACGCAUGCUUCAGUUUGUUUUCAUUUCUGCAUCUCCUGCGGCGAGAUGGAGCACAAUGCAUUUUAGUUUUGACUGGUUAAAGAUCCUUCUAUUCUUUCGAAAUGAGUUCGCUUGGGCGCAAAUCGCAGAACACUGUCUUUACGGGAGCCAAACAGGGUAAAUACACGCCAGGUAACUUGUUGUCAUCGUGACGUUGCCGUCGUUGGAGCGGAUGUGGAUGGGCCUGUAUGGGGAGCUCUCUCCUACACACCCAAAAUGGCUUAAAUUUGCCCCUCCUAUGGUGGGGACUCUGAACUUUUGAGGGAAAUCGAACGAGAUUGGGGCAAACAAAACAUGACUGAGGACAUUCGUAGCCCCGUGGAAGGACAAGAUAGAGAUGCAUCACUAUCCUGGCAAUCUGUCCAAACGUAGGUCAUCAAAAAACACUACACAAUCCUCAUCUCUGCACUGUAUAAACUCAUGGGCGGCGAUCAACGGAGAGCAAGCGGCUGACUGACAUCUCUCAAGUGUUCUCAACAAAGUGAUAUAAUGGACAAGGUGAGUUUCCC